AUGGGUAUAAAGUCAAAUCGUAUUCAGACCGUAAUUCUCGUUGCCAUACUUAUAGGCAUAACAACAAUUCUCAUGUCUACAUUUAUGGGCAAAUCUAAUUUACAUGGCAUUGUGGCAAUUUUAAUUUUAGGGUCAAGAAACAUUGUCUUGCAUGAACAAAGCGACUAUAUCGAUAUUCAGGAGUCCGCCAGUAUUCUAGCAAAUAGCAGCCAUAGUAAUACUCAUUUAAGCAAGUUAUUAUCGCGACAAUCCACGACACUUGAAGAAGCUAUUCAAAAGUAUGAGCGAAAAUUAGGAAGAUUGCCACCAAAAGGAUAUUCGGAGUGGUUUGAACGUGCUAAAGAAAAAAAAUGUUUGAUUGACGAUUACGACAUGAUCUGGGAAGAUCUUGCACCGUAUUAUCAACUUGGAGGCAAAGAUUUUCGUCAAAGAGUGCAGAUUCUUCAGCAAAACAUGCAGCGAAUGCAUCAUCACAAAGUCAGUCAAGGAUUGCUUAGCGGUACAUCAAAAUGGUCGAAUUUUUUGAAAAAUUCUAUUAAAUCUAUUUCAGAUUUAGAUAUUAUUAUCAAUGAGUUGGACGAGCCACGUAUUUUAUUUAAUGCCGAUAAGGAUGGUCCAGCACUUUUGAACCAAGUUUUAGAUCAGUCAAAAGAUAAUCCUACAGCUCAAGAUCAGAUAAAAGCUGAUUGGUUUACUGUUAAUGGAGACGAGCAUUUGGAACUCAUGAAAAAAACUUGUUUGCUACAUAACCCUUUAAAACCACUUCAGCAGCCGCACGACUUUCAUGGAUACCUACAAUGGCCCAUGUCUAAUAUUUAUACUCGAUUGGCAUGCAGACUGAACAACUCAUCGCUUGUGAUCUACUAUAUAUACAUCAGAACACUGCUUCCAAUUAUAUCCAUGACAAAGCUCUCUGGAUGUUUUGCUGAUAUUGUGAUUCCAUCAGUCUAUUACUACGAUAUCUACGCUGGAGGACAAUCACAGGCAGACAAAUAUCCUUGGAAAAGUCGGACAGAGAAGGCAUAUUGGAGAGGUUCAACUACUGGAGGUUCAAACAGUCACGGCAAAUGGCACAACUAUCAUCGCAUUCGCUUGGCGCGACUUGCAGUUCAAAAUUCCAAUAUUCUUGAUGUAGCGCUUUCAGAUACUACCCAGUGUUUGGAACAAGAUUGUAUCGAUAUCCGAAACGAAUUCAAAGUGGCUGGCAAAGAACCGUUUGAUAAAAUCUACACAUACAAGUAUGCAUUGGAUGUGGAUGGAAAUACGUUCAGUGGCAGAUUUUUUAGACUUUUAGAAUCUGAGGCGCUUGUGUUCAAAAUGACUAUUUUCAACGAGUACUUUGAGAAAUGGAUUGUUCCAUGGGAGCACUAUAUUCCAAUUGAAGUCGACUUUAGUGAUCUCAAGCAAAAGAUUGAAUGGGCCAAAAACAAUGACGACAGGGCCAGACGUAUUGCUGAAAAUGGACGACGGUUUGCUGAGCGUAUUCUCAACAAAUCUCAGAUGGAAUGCUACACGGAGUUGCUGUUGCUGGAAAUGGCUCGACUAACGCAUAUGGACGAAUAG